AUGGACUUCCGGGAUUUCGAGCUAAGCAUGGAGUUGUUGCUGGACACCAAGGUCCACCGCGUGCUGUACGCCGAGGCCGGCAAGGACGUCGUCGACUUCCUCUUCUCGCUCCUCACCUUGCCGGUUGGCACCAUCGUCAAGCUCCUCACCGGGGACUCCAUGGCCGGCAGCAUGGGGAACCUAUACAGCAGCGUCAACAAGCUCGACGACACCUACGUCUGCCGUGAUGACACCAAGAACGUCCUGCUCACGCCUGCCGGUGGUUGGGAUACCGGCAAGCUGCUUCAGCUCCCCGAGCCGGAGCAUGCUGUCGGUGUUCUUUAUCGAUGCAACAACAACUGCAGGAACUACACCAGCACCAUGAUGGACGACCUCAAGGUGUCACCCAUGUCUUCCAUCUCUGGGAUCACCCUCCUCAACACCUUUGGCGUCACGGACAUCUGCUCGCUCCAGGAGAAGACUGUGCAGCUUGGCUAUGCCGAGGGUUUGGAGAUUCUGAAGGCGUCACUGCAGUCAAAGACGGUUCUCACUGAUGUCUUCCUUACGAAGAAGCGGCCCGGAGGGCUGAACUAG